AUGUCGCCACCAUCCUCACCCUUCCAAGUCCACGACCGGCGCUUCGAUGCCAUCCUGGGCUCAUCCCCCCAGCUCGAACUGCUUGCCAGCAACCCCGAGUACCCCUUCGCCCACGAAGCCGGCAUCUAUCUCCCCACCACCAACCAACUCUUCAUCACGAGCAGCCGCUACACCGGCCCCGACGGACAGCCUAAAAUCCAAAUCACCCGAAUCAACCUCUCCGAAGACAACACCCCCGUAACCUACGACGAGAUCCCCACCGACAUCCCCUUCGGCAACGGAGGCAUCAACUACAGCAAUGGAGACAAAGGCAUCCUAAUCUGCGGGCAGGGCUCCCUGACCGUCCCCAGCGGCCUGUACCACAUGUCCACCGCCGCCCCGUACACGACGACGCUCCUGAAGGGCGACUUCUACGGCCGCCCGUUCAACUCGGUCAACGACGUGGUGGUGCACUCGGACGGCUCGGUCUGGUUCACAGACCCCUCGUACGGCUUCGCACAGGGCUUCCGCCCGCCCCCGCGCCUCCCCAACCAGGUGUAUCGCUGGGACCCCUCGACCGGAAAUACCCGCGUGGUGGCGGAUGGUUUCGGAAUGCCGAAUGGGAUCUGCUUCGCGCCGGACGAGACCGUGGUCUACAUCACGGAUACGCAGUAUUUGCCUGGGACUGGGGGGGUGAAUGAGCGAAACCCUGCGACCAUAUAUGCGUUCGAUGUGGUGCGGUACCACGACGAGCCGUUCCUGACGAAUCGGCGAGUGUUCGCUAUGACGGACGCGGGUAUCCCGGAUGGGAUCAAGUGCGAUACGUUGGGCAAUGUCUACAGUGGCUGUGGGGAUGGUAUCCAUGUCUGGUCGCCUGGGGGUGUCUUACUGGGUCGCAUUCGCGUCCAAGGUGGGGUGGCUAAUUUUUGCUUUGGGAAGGGCGGUGAGAUUUUUGCGUUGAAUGAGCAUCGCUUGUGGAGGGUCAAGUUGGGGGGACAUGUUCGCGGUGCCUUGCUGGGGAUUUGAUCCAUUGGGAUAAUAUUCUGCUGCGUGAUAACGAUGUUUGGAAAGAUGAAGAAAAGGGGCUCUCUGGGGGUUCUCCCCCAGAACGUAUGAGUAGAUUCUCUCUGCACAAAUGGGGGUAAUCGCAACCGCCGGCCGGGGUUAAAGAUGCCUCUUAUGAUCGAUACUUGAGAGACAUCGGGCAGAAACGGC